GCGCCCGAGAAUGCGCUUCACCUCACAGAGGCGGGUGGGCUCUGUGGAGAGUCGCGGGCUCGCGGGCGGCGGCACCUCCUCCACUCCGGCGGGCCCGGGUUCGGCCGGCCGCCCGCCCAUCGGACUGGCGGACUGGCUGACUGACACGCCUCGCUUGCCCCCGCCUCCGCCCGUGCCCCGCCCAGCUUCAUCUCUCCCUCCGCUCCUCGGGCUCGCGGGCAGACGGCAGACGGAGGCGCCUCUGUCUCCCCGCCCCUUUCCUCGGCCCUUUUUCUUCCCAGCACCUCGGCUGCUCCCCGGCAGCGGCAGCAGCUGCGUCGGCGGCCCACACAGCAGCGAGCAGCGAGAGGAGGCUGCCUCGAGGAUGAAGUGCAAACCCAACCAGACGCGGACCUACGACCCCGAGGGGUUCAAGAAGCGGGCGGCGUGCCUGUGCUUCCGGAGCGAGCGCGAGGACGAGGUCCUGUUAGUGAGUAGCAGCCGGUACCCGGACCGCUGGAUCGUGCCGGGCGGGGGCAUGGAGCCCGAGGAGGAGCCGGGCGGUGCGGCGGUCCGAGAGGUGUACGAAGAGGCGGGAGUCAAGGGGAAGUUAGGCCGGCUCCUGGGCGUCUUCGAACAGAACCAGGAUCGCAAGCACAGAACGUACGUGUAUGUACUGACUGUCACGGAGCUGCUGGAGGAUUGGGAAGAUUCGGUUAGCAUUGGGAGGAAGCGAGAGUGGUUCAAAGUCGAAGAUGCCAUCAAGGUUCUCCAGUGCCACAAGCCCGUGCACGCCGAAUAUCUGGAGAAACUAAAGCUGGGCGGUUCCCCAACCAAUGGAAACUCCAUGGCCCCAUCCUCGCCAGAUAGCGAUCCCUAGUGAAUGGCAUAGAUGUUGUUCAGAUUUACUUUGAAAGAAUCCAGUAUGUGAAUGGAUGGAUGAAUGGAAUUGUGAAGCACAGAUGAGCUCUUUCACACUCCAAGGACACAGCUCAUCCUAUGCUUUUGGACACUUCUUCCCUGUUUAUUACAAUGACUAUUCUCCAGGUUGUUGCACUACCGCUGUAUCUGUACAGAAUUCUAACUUGGCACCUGUGGCCUUUUUUGUGCUUUUAUGAUUAUGUGUCUGUAUUUCCCAGCAGAUUAUAUGCCCUUGAAUGCAAGGAACUUGUUUCCUUAGUCUUUUUUAUAUAUCUAGCAUAUAAGAUAUUGCUUAGAAUAUGGUAGACAUCACUGAAGAUUUGUUUCAGUAGUUCAUAUUUUGUAAUGAUACUGAAUGGUUAAACAAUCCCUUUCUAAUCUGUCUAGCAUAUAUGUGACUUUUGUUUAUCAAGUGUCACACAACUGCUUCAAGGCAGCUGUGAGAUACUAGAAAGCAAAAAUUCUUACUCCUAUGUCUGUGUCAUCCCAGAUGUGUGCCUCCAGAUGGCAGUAUACUACACUAUCUGUAAAAUACAUUUGCAAAGCCAGGCACAGUGUUAUGCAUCUGCCUCAGGAGGCUGAGGCAGAAGAAUAGCUUGAGCCCAGGAGCUUUAGUCUAGCCUGAGCAAUAUAAUGAGACUCCGUCUCUUAAAAUAUUUGCCCAAACAUUGAACUUAAAUUUGACCAUGGCCCUAGAAAUAAUUCCUAAUCUUUAGAAAAUAGGGCAGAGAAACAUUAUUUUACACCAUGGAGAUGAGAUGAGCAGAAUCCAGACUAUAAGAAACUACAGGACACAUGACCUAGUUUCUUCUGUAAAUAACUUGCAAGGAUGAAAGAUGGAGGAUGAACUUAUAGAUUUAAAGAGACUUAAGAGACAUAUUAACCAAUUGUAUGGAUCUUAUUUGAAUUGUGAUUUGACCGAACUGUAAAACGAAUACAUUUAUGAGACAAUCGGAGUAAUUUGAACAUUGGUGGGGUAUUUGGUAUUAGAAUAAUGGUUUUAUCAUUAUGUUAGAAAGAAGGGUCCUAAUCUACAUUCUCAAACAUUUGUGGCUGAUAUGAUAUGAUUCUUGGAAUUUGCUCCAAAAUAAUAAGUCUGGAUGUUAAGUGCAUUGGAAAUAUUGAUGAAACGAAAUUGGCCUUGAUAAUUGUUGAAGCUGGGUGAUGGCUAAAAUGAUGGUUCAUUAUAUAUGUUCAUCUCUAUUUUUGUAUGUUUGGCAUUUUCCGUAAUAAAGUUUAUAAAAAUAA